AGCGCCGGCUCUCAGAGAGACGUGCGCGCCACGUGCGGCCGAGACAAUGGCAAGCGACGUCGACAAGCAAGGGAGGACCCCUGCCCCAAGAGCAGAGACCGGCGCUGCUGUAGGACAAGCGCCCAAGAACACUUGAAACAAGAGGGCCGCGGCGGCAAGGGCAGGGGGCAGCGAGACGAGCACAGCAGAUGCUGCACACGAACAGGGCAGCGCGACGAACCAGAAGAGCACCCCAGAAGUGCAGACCGAAAGGGCGCCCGGCUCCAGCCCUUUGGCCCGCCGCCCCCCCGCCGUGAUGCGGCGGGCCGCGCCGUGGCCGUGCCGCCCCUGGGCCUGGGCGGCGGCCGCCCUCCUCCGCGGCCCGGCGGCCGCCGCCUCGUGGGUCGCGGCGGUGCGGGGGCCGUGCGAGCAGGUCGGGGCCUGCGUGCAGAGCCCGAACUACCCGGGACGGUACGGUGGCCAGCAGAGCUGCGAGAUCUCCGUGAACCCGUGGGCGCAGGAGAGCGUCAGCGCCAUCCGCUUCCGCAGCGAGAGGAACUACGACGUCCUCACCGUGAACGGGAAGCGCUAUUCGGGCCACUUCUCGCGGGGCCCGCAGGACGUCGUGGCACCCGGGGCGAUCCUGUGGAGCUCUGACGACGGCGUCGAAUCUACAGGGUGGAAGAUUUGCCGCACGUCGG